AUGGACAGGGCAUCAAAUUCUUUUCAUCAUGGAAUUAGAAACUCUUUUGAAUCGAAAACAAAUUCAAGUUUUUCACAUAGAAGUAUUUCUAUGAGUCCUGAAAGCAGGCCAGGAGAUCCAAUAAAAAGAUAUGGCAUAAUUUCUUAUGGAAAAGAAUCUCCUCACAUUAAAAAGCGAUCAGUAUCAAGAAGCCGCCAUGAUCAUCAUUACUCAAUCCCAGAAACCCCAGAUCUUUAUUCAUCAUUUACCCCUGAAAUUGAUAAAGCUCAAACAAAUUUAUCAAAUAAACGACAAACAAUUAAAGAGCUUAACAAAGAUUGAACUGUAAAUGAGAUGCUAUUUCCAGGUCAAAAUGUUGCGAAAUUGUGCAAUAUCCCGAAUCCAAAUAGAAGAGAUUUAAAUUUUAAAGAAAUUUUGAUUGACGCAGGCUUUAAAGAAAAUUGCCCAGUAAUUAUGCUUUCUGGGUUUAAUUUGUUUCAAUAUUCAGAACUACUUAUAGGGACUGUAAGGGCUGCUAUGAAGACUGAUGCUGUAAUAAUUGAUAAUGGGCUUAGAAAUGGGUUUGAAUAUUCUUGUUUAAGAAAAAAAGUAAAGCUGAUAGGGAUUUGCCCAGAAGAUCAAAUUUUGUAUCCUACCAAAGUAAAUAGCGGAAAUCCUCCAAAUGAACUAUCAGCUGGCCAUUCUCAUUUGUUUGUACUGGGACAUAAAAAUGAUAAUAUGAAAUGAAAUGAUAUUGCCCUUUUCAAAAUUUUGUUAGCAGACAAGCUUAGAAAAGGAGUAGGAGGAAGCAAUGCUUUCCAAUGUAGAGGCUUAUGCAUCUUAGCUGGAGAAGUUGAGGAAUGUAUGAAAGAUGCUGAAAGGGCUGUUCAUGGAGGCUGAACUGUCUUAGCAAUUGAAGCCACUCCGAUUGGGCAAGAGAUAUCUUUGAUUCUAAAAGGGAAAAAAGGAAAGAGAAGUUUAUCUUAUUUAGAAGAUGCAAUUUUAAGAGGCAAAGUUUUCAUUUUUCCUGAAAAUGGGAAUGAAGAGGACUUAGCCAUGAUUGUGCAUCUUCAUUUGACAGUGACUUUAUUGACUUCAUAUUGGGAUCCUGAUAGAAAAUAA